UCGACGCGUUUGUUUGUGAGGACCGAGGGCUGAGGAGGAUCCAAGGAAGAGGAUCAAAAUCGACCACCGAUACACCUGACAUGGUGCAAAUGCCGAUUCAUUCAGUGCUUUAAAAAAACCGUUUUGUCAGAGCAGGAUUUGCCGUUCCUUGCCACUUCAUCGUGAGUGGACAGUUUGUCGUGUGGGCUUGUCACUUUGUCAGUGUCAGUGUUGGUUUGUGCAGGGCCCUGUGAAGAGAGACGUGAUAGAUUGUUGUGAUACUGUGUAUCCGGGAGCCCCGAGUCUCUUUGGGCAUUUUUAUUGGACAACAAUAGGAUUUAGAUCUUGUCUCGCUGUGGCCUUUUUUUUCUUCUGGAAUCUAUCUAGUCCAGCAGACACUGUUACAACACACAGGAUAAAGAUCCAAGAGCCCAUCAUCACUGCAGCGAAGACCUUUGUUAUUGUCCUGUAAAGCAGACUUUUCCAAGCGAACGAGUUCAUCUUUAUUCCUGCAGUGUCAGUUCUUCUGUUCGUCUCCUGGCAAUAUGGCCGACGCCACGGAAGCAGGGAAGAUGGUGGCAGCGCGGAGAGCUGUGGACGAGAACAUCAAGAAAGGGCAGGUGGUUGGCAUAGGCAGUGGCUCCACCAUCAUCUUUGCCGUGGAGAGAAUCGGCGAGAGAAACAAGAAGGAAGCUCUGAACCUCACGUGUAUCCCCACAUCCUUCCAGGCGCGUCAGCUGAUCCAAGAUCACGGGCUCACUCUGGGAAGCCUGGAAACCUCGCCAGAGAUUGACGUGGCGAUUGACGGGGCCGACGAAGUGGACGAUAACCUUUACCUUAUCAAAGGCGGCGGGGGUUGUCUCAUGCAGGAGAAGAUCAUCGCAUCGUGCGCCAAAAGUUUCUUCAUCAUCGCCGACACCCGUAAAAAUUCCAAAGUGCUGGGAACCUCGUGGAAGAAAGGAGUCCCGAUCGAAGUGUUGCCAAUGGCCUACAGGCCGGUGCAGCUAAAGAUCAAUCAGCUGUUGGGCGGCAAAGCGGAGCUGCGGAUGGCAUCCCGGAAAGCCGGGCCCGUCGUCACUGACAACGGCAACUUCAUCCUGGACUGGGUCUUUGAUGGCGCUCAGGACUGGCCGGCCGUGGAACGGACGAUCCGGGACGUCCCGGGAGUUGUCGAGACCGGCCUGUUUCUCAACAUGGCGGCGGCCGCAUACUUCGGCACGGCUGACGGGAAUGUUUUGGUCCGCACCAGUAAGCAGUAAUGCAAGGCAACAGACUCUUGCUGAGGAUGGGCAUUGCUCAGGUUUACCCUAAUUACCAAAAAUAAUUGCAGUUUUUUGAGUGCAACUACUUUUAUGUUAUCCUUGACCUUGCUAUUAUUCGUUUUGUUUUUUCUACCAAGAUGACUUGCUUUGCUCAGUGUUGAGGUGCAUUUUUGGACAUUUCUACUUUAUUGUUGACUGAUUUAGUUGUUUAUUUCUUAUUUUCUAUACUCAUACUGUACAUGUUUUCGUCCUCAUACAGAUUGCAGUACAUCGCCUGUUACUGAUUGAUAUCAGAAGUUGUUGAGUAGUGAACCUCUCUACACUGUGUUUAUGCAUGUGUGUGUGUGUGUGUGUGUGUGUAUUUGAGCUUUGAAUACAUGUUUCCAUUUCAGAGCUUGUGUUUGAAUUUUGAUGUUUAGAUCCUUCUUCUUUGUUUAUGUAUCAUACAAUAUUCACUGCCUGUUAUUCAUGAAUAUGUAUGUGAUCCUUGCCAAGUGCUCGUAAAGGGACUUUAUGCUCCUGUCAAGUUCAGAAAAAAGCAUUCCAUGUUGCCAUGUAUCUCUUUGACUUUUUUUCUCUCUUUUAUUUGUGUUUUUCAGAUGAUGAAAAGAUGAAAAGAGAAUUAAAUGAAAUCAGCAUUAUUAGAUUUAGAUGGGGGUUUUUUCCUGCCUGUUUUCUGUAAAUGUUAAUUUUAUGAAAGCUGCUGACAAUGAGAUGUUAUGACAUGAUAGUUUAGUGGUACUGUGAUAUAUGCAUAGACCAUCAUGUAAGUAUAAGAAGAUUGCCAUAGAGCUAUAACUCUGUCGAUUCUUUGCUAGCUUCAAGGUACUGAUAUUUUCAAAAGCAAGGCAACAGGCAACAUAAUGCAUGCAUGUAUUAUAUUGUUUCUUUUUUUUUUUCUUAAGGCUUUUAUUAAAAGUUUAUUCUUUUUUUAUUUCAACUUCCAGAAACAUGUUGCUAUUUUAAUGCUAUUUGAUUGAUUGCAUAUAUGGCAAUGGCUUAAAGUUUUUUCUGUCCGUUUGCUUCUUUGUGUAAGAAUAGGCCGAUUUGUUGUGUUUUGUGUCAUUUGUGCUUUCUCAGAGUACAUUUCUUUUACUGGUGUUUGAUUCCUGGAUCCUGCUUAAUUAGGACAUGUUUACACUUUUUUGCUAGCUUCUUGUUCGUACUUUGAAGAGGAGUGAAUGUUUUUGAGAUAACAUUUAAUUGAAUUAAUAUCACCUCUUAGUUUAUAAUGACGUGGAGAAAAAAAAAAAA